AUGUACAGGCCUGGCCGGGGGGCCUCGGGCUCGUGGACAUGGAACAUCUUCGACUUCUUCAUCACGGCCUUCAGUCCCAUCUUCUCCUUUCGGAACCUUAACCUGACGACCACCUAUCGAAUAUAUGGAGACGACGAGGUCUCAAAGUACUGCCAAGCGUCCGAGCUGGGAGUCUCGGUUUUUGACCCUCGACUGGCGCCGUACAGCCGGAAUACAUUUGACCAGCUUGCCCAGCACAUCGAGGCCACACAUUUCAUCAACUACUCCUGGUCGUUGGUCCAUGAAGAAACCUGCAGGAGUCACCCACCAAACCACGCCAGAAGGAGACAUUUUGCCCGGCCAUACCACUCUCAAUUUACGAAAUCCACCUACCUGUCGAAAAUCAAAACCACGUGGUGGUUGCAACCUUUCUUCUGGCAGUUGGCACGCCAAAAUCGAACCAAUGAAGAGUUUGAAAACGACAAGCAGCGCUCUGUAAAAAUCCUCUUCUGGGAUCACCGCCUGGAGCAGGACAUCCUUGAUGAAGGCGGUGUCGACUUUUCAUGGCUGGGUGACGACAUCGAACGGUGGGAUUUCCAGACCUGGUCACCAUUCGAGUACCAUUUCUUCCCGGAGCCCUGGUUUGAUGACGACGGCUGGCCGGUCGCCCCUCCACGUGUGAACUGCGGGAGGGCUUUGGCCUCUUUAGGAAUUUUGGAAGGAGACGAAGAGGCGAUCAGGGAAGGACGGGAGCAUGGCAUCGUUUUUCACAAUGCCGCCAACGACACGGUCGCCCAAGUCCUUUCCUGGCUUCGCUUCAUGAAGAUGACGGAAGAGGAGUGGCAAAAGUGGUAUGAGAAGCAAGAAAACCUGCCCUCUAUAUGCUUGGACUGGGUCGAUCCGGCAAUUUAUAGGGAAAAUUACGCUAAGAGGCUAGAGGUGGGUGAAGAGCCGCUGCCGCCGUCACCAUUUCCGUUAGACAUGUGGGCGGACACUUCGUGCAAGCAGUGGAAGGAGGAGUGGGAAAAGAACCCAUGUUGGUAG